CUUCUUCUCCUACUUUACUUAUUUCCUUGAAAGCAAGAAAUCGAAAGGAAACAAACUUUUCUUCUUCCUUUUUCUUCUCUCGUCCCAUCAUCAUCAUCAUGUCCUCCCAUACCACCAAUCUCCCCUCUCCUAAACCGGAUCACCGUAUCUCCGGUACAUCCCAAACCAAAAAACCACCGUCUUCCUCCGUCGCCUCUCAAGACCAACAAACCCUAAAAUGCCCUCGAUGCAACUCCUCAAACACAAAGUUCUGUUACUACAACAACUACAGCCUCUCUCAACCUCGUCACUUCUGCAAAUCCUGUCGCCGUUACUGGACACGUGGCGGUGCCUUAAGAAACGUCCCCAUCGGUGGCGGUUGCCGGAAAACAAAAAAAUCCAUCAAACCUAACGCCAUAACCCCUUCUUCUUCUUCGUCUCAGAGGUUUUUCUCUUCAAUCAUGGAAGAUUCCUCCAAAUUCUUCCCUCCUCCGACGACGAUGGAUUUUCAGCUCGCCGGAUUGUCUCUCAACAAAAUCAACGAUCUUCAACUUUUGAACAACCAAGAAGUUCUUGGCCUCAGGCCAGUGGAGCAGGUCGAAACCACUCCCGUUGAUGUCGGUUCGGGUUUAUCCUUGAUGGGUUUCGGGGAAUACAACAGCAGUAACCAUUCACCGGCGACUUUCGCAACUGCCGGAGCAAACGACGGGAACUUAGCUACUUCGAUAGAAACUCUGAGUUGUUUGAACCAAGAUUUACACUGGAGGCUUCAGCAACAGAGGAUGGCGAUGCUUUUUGGUAACUCUAAGGAAGAUACUGUUGUUGUCGAGAGGCCACAACCCAUUCUUUACCGGAAUCUCGAGAUCGUGAACUCAUCGCCGUCGCCGACGAAGAAAGGAGAGAAUCAGACAGAGUGGUAUUUUGGUAAUAAUAAUGCUAACGAAGGGGUGAUUAAUAGCAAUGAUAGUAAUAAUAAUAAUAAUAAUAAUUCAGGAGGAAGUGAUCAUUGGAACAAUGGAAUUCAAGCUUGGACUGAUCUUAAUCAUUAUAAUGCUUUGCCAUGAUUCUUGGUAAGUUGAAGAAACUAUAUAAUUACUAAUUUGUUAUGUGUGUGUUUAUGAUGCAAUGCCAAAAAUAUUUAUGUUUGUAGUUUUUUUUUUCGUUUUGUUUAGGCGUUCUCUGUAGUCAGCUUUUGUUGUUGUUGUUGGUUACUAUUUUAGUAUUGUAAGUUUCAAUUUGUAAACAAAAGACAAAAAUUGGGGGUGGAAUUCAAGAAUGG